UCAUGAAAUUCCACCGAAAGGUGCUGCAAUGUUGGACGUAACGGAAAAUGCAAGAAAGCGGAUCGACUGUAAAGAUCAGGUGGUUGUUGCGAGUGCCAUUGCGGUGGCGACAGUGGCGGCUACGGUCGAGGCGAGACCACCAACGACGUUGGCUAGCGACUGCAGCGGCCAAGACCGUUUCGCUUCCAUCAUCGUUCCGGCAACGACCGUGCAUGCGACCAGGGACGCGAUGGGGAGGGUGGGAACGACUGCAACGACUAAGACAAAGACGAAGACGAAACUCAGCUUGUUGGUUCGCGAUGGCCAUGUGUUGAGCGCCGAUCAUGAUGAGGUCGAUCAACACACGAAUCUGCCGCUGCCAUCCGACUCCGACGGAGUGCUGCCUGCCGCGACAGCAUCUGUCAUGUUCGAGCUGGGACACCCCGAUAGUCCGUCAAUGGUGCUGCAUCCAGAUUUGCUUCUAAACACGUUCAACCUUAGUGCCAAACACGAUGAGCUUAGUCUGAGGACGAUUGCGAGCAACUUCAUACGCACCGAAAGCGUAAUGAUUCGUGUGAAGCCA